UUUCUCUUCGAUUAUUUACAUUCAACAACAUUGUUUGCGCUCAUCUCUAUUGAAGCAUCUUGCAGCCAGCUGAUUUGACAUUGGCAUGCGGCUAUUGAGAGUUUGUUUGGUUCAGCAACAAAGGUAAAAUGUUUAAGAAACUUAAGCCUGGGGAAAGCGAAGAUGAUGUUCUGCGUAUGGCCGCAGAAUUCAAUGCGGAGCGGAAGAAAAAUCCAAAUUUUCAACCAGCAGCAACAGUUGUGCGUGUGAACAAACCUGUUGGCAAAUCAUUGUUCGCUCAAAAACGAGAACAAGCGAAACUUAAGAGUCAAGUCAGUGCCACAAAUUCCUCAGAAACUGAGCCAAAGUCGACACAUAUUGUUGACGAUGCAAAAAGUAAACAAAUUCUGUUGGAUGAAAUCCACGAAAAUAUGCUGGGAGAUGUUCGUGGGACUAAGGUAGAUCUUGAGCUGAUAAAUAAUGUGGUGGGUGAAAUUGUUGAAAGGAGAGAAGCAGCGCCGCGGCAAGUGGUCAGAGAUCGUUAUCUAAAUCAGCAAAACAGCAACAAGUCGAAGAGUAUUUUUGCACAAAAAUUUAAUACAAAUGGAAAAGUUAAUAGUAACAACAGCCAAUAUGAUUCACAAGAGAAUAAAUUGCCGAUGGAAACUAGUUCUAUUAUACAAGAUGCAGAACUGUCAAAGGAAAUACAUGCAGAAAAUCUGAGUCUACUAUCUCAAAUGCGUGAAGAAGAAAUCCAGGCAGAGCGACAAAAGUUGCUAAGCUCCUUGGAUCCCGCUCUAAUUGAGUUGUUGACCAAAAAGCGUGCUAUCCAAGCGGCUAAUUCAGCGAAGUCAAAGCCACUACCUAACAAUCCGCAGCAAUUGCCUGUGCUAACUGAUUUAAGCGACUCGAAUCCAGCACACGGGCUCCUGCAGCAAAGUGAUGAAGGCAAUUGGUUGAAUUUCAAUUUAGUUGAAAAACACAAACUGGCUUGGAUGCGUGAUAUACCCGCGAGAAUAGCGCAGCUUAAGCCUGGGCAACAAUUCAAUGCACGUUUCGAUUGGAAGGGCGUCUUGUUGCCUCAUUCACUUGAUGAAUUGCCGCAAACUACCGAUGAUCGUGAUUUGUAUUUGCAUGGCGAGGAGCCUGAGCGCCCGGGCUACACGUUGCAAGAGCUAUUCCGAUUGGCACGUUCAACUGUGUUGCAGCAACGUAUUUCGGCAUUUGGCGCAAUAGCUGGUAUAUUCAGCAUUUACAAUCAAGGCUUCUACGAUCAGGUGCUUACAUUGCCCAUAUCAAAAAUAUUCUUUCUGCUGCGCUUUGGCCUAGAUGACAAUACUCCUGCACAAUUAGAAGUGGUCAGCAGGGCGUUGGCUCGCCUGUGCUAUAAUGAAACCGAUGAAGUUUUGCUCGAUCAUAUCUAUGAGAACGCCUAUUGUCAUUGGCAGCCAAUGCUGCAGGUGCUGACAGAUGGCGACGACUCGAGCGAUCCCAACUCUGUGGCCUUUCUGCAACGCUACAUGUCGCUGUUGCGCACCAACUCGAAAGCUGUAAACGCAGAUGUUGAUGACGAUCAGUCAGAUCGUGAUAGCCGCAUGUCUAUGGAUGAUUUUCAGCUGGCCGAAACUGAUCUAAUCAGUUGUCUUCUGCGGACGAAUAUUCUUCAACGCAUUAAUUUUAUAUUUAGCUCUGUGCGUCCAGAGAAUAGCACUGUCGAGUCUUGUCUUAAGCUGCUCAUACGCAUUGCAAGAACAAACUUGGCUGCGGCAAGGCAGUUGGCACAGGAAAAAGAAUUGCUGAAUAUAAUUUUGGUCAACUUUAUGCCUAAAGCACCUGCUACGGGCACAACAGAGUCUUCAUUCUAUGGUUAUCCUCAGUAUUUGUGCUUAAAGCUGUUGCGUGUUUUAAUCUGCCAGCAUUUGGAUAUAGCUAAGCAAUUGGCGAAUGAAACACUGAUCCAGAGAUUGAAGGAAUUUUUAUUUAAUCGUGAAAACGUGAAGGGUAAAUUAGUACGUGUUCAAAUCGAGGCGCUGCGUAUAUUGCGUUGUCUGCUGCUGCUGGGCAUUGUCGAUCGGGAAUUGUUCAAACAAUUCCAGCCUGCGGUACGUCAGAUUCUUGACUGGCACUUUAAUCAUUGUGUAUUCGAGAUGGGCGGUUCGGCGCUAAUACGGCAGCACGCAGCUGCCCUGGUGGUGACGAUUGUGGCGAGCGGUGAGUGCGGUGCUUGCGACAUUGAGGCGCAGCAACUAUUCUUGGAGCCAUUGCACAACUGCUGCUGCAGCUGGCUACACAAGGCGACGCGUGGCGAUGGCCUCAAGGAUUACACUCAGCUGACGCUCUUGAGCGCUGUGCUGUAUGCUGUUGGUUGGUUCUCACGACAUGGUUACCUGGGCACAUCGUCCUUUCAACAGUUUCUGCGCAAAAUUUUGCCUGAAUUCGUUUGUUCCGCUGGGUUUGUUGCAUGUGUGCAGCAGUUGACACGGAGCUCUAUAAUUUUACGCAGCUUCAGUGAUAGGCGCAAUGUACACGCCCCUUUGCCGAAUGUGGGGGCGGUCUUGAUGAACGACUAUGGGCCGCAGUUGAUUGUAAGUGACACGUAUCCAGUCCAGCUGCUGAGUAAUAUCUGGGCUCUGCUUGAGAAACCACUGGAGGAUGACAUGAAGCCACUUUUUGAAGCACUGCUUCAACCGGCAGUGCUGGAGCCCUUGGCAGAUUAUUUAAAGGAGUUGAGCACACGUUUGAAUCGCUUUCUGGCGAGCAACUUUUUUGCACGCAGCGAACUGAAGUUUGUCUAUCAGCUACUAAGCACCGACGGCCUUGAAACUUAUUUGUCACGCACGCAGCUGCUUCAGGUGGUUUAUAACUAUCUAUGCUCCUUAAGCGCCGCUCAGGCCAAGCAAAUGAAGAGCAUAUUCGAACGGUACAUCUUUAGUGGGAAGUAUGUGGAGUUAGAUGAAAAGUCUUUGCAGCUGCUACAGCAAACCUGCAUGGAAAUUGUCUACUCGCAUUUUAUUGCCGAAAACAGUGAUCCCACGUUGACACUCUGCUAUACUCAAGCGCCCGUGUUGAUGCCAGACUGGCCUUAUUUUCAAUUGCGUCUGCUCCUUAACAAUUAUUUGCAAAAUGUACAACAGGUUCCUGCGGUUAUAUAUUCAGAAAAUCAGGUGGUACGCAUGACCUUCAGCUUCGUGCAGCAGCUUGAGCAGCAGGGAUUGCAAAUUGUCAGCCCACUUGAAAAGUUAAUGUAUCUGAUGAUAGCCUUUAUGGGUCCCGACAGUCAGUUCUUGGAACCAGAGCUGCAUAAGCUACUACAGACACAAUUGCUCGAUUUCUACACGCACAAUAAAACGCAUAAUUUCGAUUUCGAGGCUACGUUUGAGGACAAGGCCAAUUUCGAACCGCUGUACUAUCUGUUUGUAAACCACUUCGAAGCGGCCAGCUAUGGCGACGAGCUAUUUAGCUCGUUAGUGCUGCUCCCGCUGGCUCAAAAGUAUGAUAACAAGUGGCGUAGACGCAUCUGGUCUGAGCAUGUACAGGCAGUGCGUUUUUUAAAUUGUGAUGAGAGUUUGUUGAUUGGAGGACUAGAUGCUUAUCUAGAGCCCAUCGAGGAGGAGCCCUCGCUUGUAAAACUCUAUGGAGAUGCACUGCAGCGACAGUUAGUGCGUCCUGGCAGUAUUGCCCACACAAUUGCUAAGCAUCAUUUCAAUAAUUCACAAGCGAUACAGAAAACCAAGUUGUUUUGAGCAUCUGCAGAUAAAUCGAUUAUUUAUGAAUAUUAAUAUUAGCUUAAGGCUAAUUUUGUUGCCGUGAUAUAGCUUGUAAUUUAUUCAAAACGGAAUGCAUACGUAUAAUUAAAUCAUAAGCUUUUAUAUCUUAAGUCCGCUUGAACUGCGUUUGGGUGCCCGCAAGGCCCACAUAGAUUAUGGGAACAAUUAAUAUUGCGGUAUAGUGUUUUUCUUGAGCUUUGCUUGAGUCAGGGAUUGUUAUUCAAUUACAUGCUCGAGUGGACCUAAUGAACUGUUGCGUAAGAACAUUUGUACAUCGACAGAUAUAUGUUCAGAUAAAAAUAUCUGUCAUUCUUAAUUGUAUGCGCGUUAACUAUUAACUGUUUCUAGCAGGUUAACUGUGGACGACGGCACAUAGAGAGAGCUCCACUAUCACCCACAAUUAAUUAACAUCACUUGACUUAUUGACAACUGAGAAAUGCCGCACAUGGGCCCCGUCUUGGUCGCAGCGACUGUCGUCUAUAGUUACCCACGACUGCUGAUAAAAUAUAUGUAAUUAUAAUGAACGCAAUUGAAAGGCCACAGCUAAUUAAAUUAUAUGCCGUAUGUUGGUAUGAGUGCGCCGUGAGUGUGUGUGUGUGUGUACGUGAGUACGUACAAACGUGACUACAAACCUACAGUCAAAUGUCAAGUCAUAAGGUCUUUCGUGUCGCAUGCAGCGUAUGUGUAAUAUAUAACAUGAUUUCUACACCCUUACAUUAAGUACUUGUUAGUAGCUUUUCUAAGUUAAAACAGGUUUUCCAAAUAAAUUUAAGAUUUUCGA